GACUGUACUUCCUUCUCCGUUCUUUCUGUAAACCUGAAAUACCUUUCGGAGUUUCUCUCUGGUUUGCAGCACUCCAGUGUUUAGGGCUUUCUUCGAUUUGGAUUAGGGUUGCUUUCUCCUUUCAGCUUUCUCUGGUUGGUGGAUUGGUUUUGAGGUAUAAGGAGGCGAACCGUGGCGAUUUUGAGUGGACGAGCAACAGCAUGCGGUGGUGGUUGAGUCUUUCAGUUGAUGUUUUUCGAAAAGUCAUCUCCUUGAAUCUUUAUUGCAAAGUGAUUCUGUAAUUUCCCCGUCUAAAUUGUGUAGAAUCUAGAUCCUUCCAUUCUCUCUGUUGCCUUUUUCUCUUCAGUUUUCAAUGGGAUCCACUUUCUUUAUUGUCGUUCCUUGUUAUGUCCGCCAGAUUAGCUGAAUAUUAGCACACCAAUCUCCCUAAUUUCUGAUCCAAGCCCCUCUUUGUUGUUUGAUUACUUCAUACCUCUACUUAUUUACCUGUUUCCAGAGUGUCUCUCCUUCAGUUUGGUGACAAAGCUUCUUUCUUUUUUGUUGGUUUCUGUUUGUUUUAAAAUUGAACUGGAUAAUUCGGGUUACGGAUUUGGGGUAUUAAAUUUGUCGUCCUCUGGAAGAUUCUGUUCUUUUUUACUGCCAUAUUGAAGGGUUGGGACGUAGUUAUGGUGUGCCAAGCAGCGAGUAAAGCAAGAUUCCGGGCAUUAAAGUACGAAAAUGGAAUUGCAGGGAGCGCCACCAUUGUAGUUAGAGUCAUAGCUUGCUUUCAACCUCUUCAGGAUUGUCAGGCUGAAUACUUCCGUCAUUUGCUAAAACCCGUUACGUAGAUCAGUUUUUCAUCUUCGCGUCUAAGUUAAGCUGGAGUUUUUAGUUUUUUUCCUUGUUCUUGAACGAAACUGCAAGUGAACUGCUAUUUCUUCUGCUACCAAUAUAUUUCUUCUGGUAAG